AAUAAAGAGGACAGAACUUUAUAUUUGAUAAAACUGUAUCGGUGAACAGAUUUCGUUUGUUUUUAUAUCGUAUAUAUGUAUCUAUACACGCAGGCGUAUAUACAUAUAUUUUGAAAGACUUGAAAUAAAGAAGUGUUUGUUAUUGACAAGUGCGAUGGCUAAUAACGUUCAGCAAUAUCAGCAGCAGCAGCAACAACAACAACAGCAGCAGCAGCAACAAGGUACGAACGGCGCGAAUCCCCAUCAUUGCAAAGAGUGCGGUUUGUAUCUGAACUCGGCCGAAAGUUUGGAGGUGCACCUGCAGUACCACAAAGAGAAUCUGAUGAACAAGUGGGCGAGUCCGGAAGAGACGAACAACAACACUACCGGAGGAGCGAGCUCCAAAGUCGGACCGACGACAUCCCCAUCAGCGGCAGCAGCUGCAGCAGCAGGAGGAGGACAGCAGACGAGCGGUAAUAGUAAUAGUAGUAGCAAUGGAGCAGCAGCAGGAGCGGGUGGCGUAGUAGGCGUAGGAGGAGUGUUUGCAAGUACGGUAGCUGCGGCCGCCGACAGUUCUGAUGCGAUGAUGAUGAAGAAGAGUCCCGAAUAUUCGAGGGCGACUCCUGAAAACAACUUUGGUCAUCCGCCGACGCCGCAGAGCUAUCACAGCGCGUCAUCGCCAUACCAGACGCCCGAAAACUCUGCCUUUUCGCCGGGUUUCCAGAACUACCAGCAGCAGCCCAUAAAAACAGAACGAUCUUCGCCGACUUUUCAAUACCCCACAUUCCAAGAUGCUCAAUUCUUUAAUUUGGAUCAGCCGCAGCCGCAGCAGCCGUACGCACAAGAAUAUCCCGUUCAUAAGAUGCCCUCGCAAAACUCGUUCAGGUACCAUCCGUACCAACAAUCCGGGCCGUACGAAAGACCAGUAACUCAGGUGACUAGUUCAAGUCCGGCUUAUCCACCGCAACCGACGCCUUCACCUAGUCCAAAGCAGUGCGACAAGUGCGGAUACGUCUGCGAGUCUGCCUCGCAGCUGAUCGAACAUAUCAACGUGGCCCAUCCGCCGACGCCGUCUCCGCAUCUCGGCAACUACCAAUUCAAUUUUCCGCUUCAGCCUAACGAGAUCAAGACGGAAGAUGAUGCACAGAGCGAGAUAUUAGACCUGGACUCGCACAAGGUGGUGCACCAGGUGUACCAAGAGGAGGAGAAGAGCAAUCCGCACAGCGUUAACGCCAUGCUGAGUGCGUGGCCUCAACAUCUUGCGCAACAGCAGAAGAUGUACCUGCCGCUGCCGCAAUCGCAGCAGCAAGAUCAGAGAAUGAUGAUGUUCCAGCAACAGCAGGAUUAUAUAACGACGACAGGCGCUCCUCAGGACGCGUACAGACCGUUCGAUCAUUUGCAACCUCCGGCUCAACAAUCUGCUCCUGCGAUAACCAGCACGCAAGUCGUGAAUCAGCCGGUGGUGGCGGCGCCAGCAGUCAGCGCAAAGAGCACCAACUGGAAGUCGAACGAAGCCCGACGACCGAAGACGUACAAUUGCACCGCCUGCAACAAGUGGUUCACCAGCUCCGGUCAUCUGAAGAGACACUACAACACCACACUGCACAAGAACGCUGUGAAGUCGAGCGGACAACCUGAUCCCGCAACGCUUCCGAUCAGCGCUCAUCAUCAUCCGGCAAGAGAAUCGACGUCGAGCAGAGAGAAUGAAAUGAAUUCGAACAGUCCGACGGAGGAUUCGCGCAGCGAAGACGGAUACGAGAGGGCGGUGAUGCCGCAGGGACUCCUGCAGCAACCGCCGAACGGUCCCUACGACCGGCACCACCAUCCGAUAGGCCUCGGACCUCCACCUCUUCAAGUACCACCACCACCUCAACAAAACACAUUGGGAACGAGUCCCCCAAACGGGGAAGCAGGCCCCUCAGCUACCACCAACAACCUCGAUUCGAGGGGCCUGCUAUCCACCACCAACACCACCUCCCCCAAUUCCAUCAACAAUACACAGGACAGCAACACCACCACCAACCACCUCCAUCAGCAGCACCUCACCACCACCAACAACACUGGGCAUCCGCAUCAGCAGCAGCAAUACACACUCAUGGGACAGCAGCAGCCUUUGAUGGACAACAGCCAAUUUCAGAUGUACCCAAACGAGUGUGCCCCCCACGUUACGCAAGUUACGGCUACCAACAGCCUCAGUACUACUGGUGAAACAGAUCAAUUCAACCAGGAGUACACGACGACGGCAUCAGAUUCCCAGCCGCUGCCGAGCUUCUCGCAGUUCAACAAUCGCUUCGGCCUUUUGUUGGGAUACAAUACCGUCAAUAACGUGGGGGGCCAGGGUCCGGCAACGGCCCCAUACACCUCAUACUACAGUACACCCGCAACGACGGCCGCAAUUGCCGCCGGUCCAGGCAGCUUUGAAAGUUUUCGCGGCGCCGACGAUGACUACAAGUUAACCGUUCUAACCGCUGCUGAGACGGAUCCUCUGACUGCCGUAACCCAGCAGCAGCAUCACCAGCUUCUGCACCCUCUGCAUCCGCAGCACCUUCAUCAGCAGCAGCUGCACUACCUCACCGACAACAAUAACAUCGCUUUGGCCACCGCUUACACGGACAUCGAACCUAAGAUGGACACGUUGGAGGAUCUGAAAAUAAAAUUCGAGACUUCACCUCUGUCGCCGGAGAAGGCGCACACUAAACGCGAUUACGAGGAGACGACCGGCAGCCCUCAGAUCACCUCCACCUCUACGGUGCAGGUCAGCAAGAACGGCCUCCACAAAUGCUACGACUGUGAUAAAGUCUUCAAUAAAUCCUGCUACCUGACUCAGCACAACAAAACCUUCCACAACGGCGAGAAACCGUUCAAGUGCACGCGCUGCGGGAAGCGCUUCUCCUGCAACGAGCAAUACCAGGAGCACUCCAGCAAGCACGCAGGAGAGAAGCCCCACAAGUGCGACCUCUGUCCGAAACAGUUCAAUCACAAGACGGAUUUGCGUCGUCACAUGUGCCUUCAUACCGGCCAGAAACCGUACGCUUGCGACAUUUGCGGUAAGGGUUUUAUCCGCAAGGAUCACAUGCUGAAGCACAGCGAAAUACACAACAAGAAAUCGCACUCCAAGAUGUCCAUAUCGGCCCGAUAAAACGGAAGAAACACAUGUGAUGCAAUUAUUACGCCCAAUUCCUGCCCGUGGAGAGGAGGAUGCAGACGAGGAAAGAAGAAGGAAGUAAAGAGGAAAAGACGAUGAAGAUGUACAAGUCAACUAGACAGACGCCCACCCACCCAUCAUCGCCAUCCACCAAAUGCAACCAACACCAACCCCUUAAAACAACGCCCCUAGUCUUCAUCAAUGCAAAAUUGCUCUAAUUUUUCUCUCUGGUAAAGAAAAUCGCACAAACCACCAAACCAUUUUAUUUUUAUUAAUAUUUAACAUGAUUAUUUUAGUAUAUUUUCCUUUUAUGAUAACGAAAGAAAUGAGAAUAAACCAUACUUGUACAUAGCGCCCAAAAAUUAAUUAUAUAUUUUUUUUUCCACAUUUUUUUAACACCACGGAGAAAAGUAUAGAUAAAUAAAAAAUA